AUGCUUCCCCUUUUCAAGGAAGCAGGUCUCACCCUGCUCUUCCUGUCAUCCACAUUCGCGGACACGCCCCAAAACCAGCCUCGCCUCCGUUCAAACGGCACCCUCAGCCUUGCCCAGUCCGGUAGCACCCUCAACGCCCGUGGCGACAUUGAUCUGGUAGAACGCUACUACUACUAUGACUGUCCAACCGGCUAUGCAGAGUGCAGCACUGAUACAUCCAAAUGCUGCCCCACCGGCAACGGAUGCUGCACAAGCGGCUACUGCGCCGAUCCAGGCGAUACAUGCUGUACCAUCGGAACGUGUCCCAGUGGCUGGAACUGCUGUGGGAACUACGGGUACUGCUCCCCCGUUGGGGGUGAGUGCUGUGAAGGAGGUUACUACUGUGAUGUUGGGUACCAGUGCAAGAUCUGGGAUGGGGAAGAAGUAUGUUGUCCUGAUACAGGAUGUAUAGGCUCAGAUGGGACGGGUAGCCUGGGCAAUACGGUUGAUGUUGGAUCUGGUACUACGGAGACAGCGACUGAAUUUGUGUCUGCUACUUCUUCUGCGUCGGAUACUUAUACUUAUGAGUCUACGACGGCUGCUGGCUAUACGUAUACGUAUGACAGCUAUGAGUAUGAUUAUUAUUAUACUACCUACUACUGGUCUUACUGGUUCUAUUUCUGGACUUCUUAUUCGCCUUAUACUGUGCAGACUGUGACCUCGACGGAGACUACUACCACGACUAUCUGGUCUGUUUAUGCGACUGACAGUGCUGACGCGCAUGAAUCUUUCUCGUACAGCGUUAGUGUCUACUCAUACUAUCCUCCUUAUACUGCCACUUACUUGGAGAGCUCUACCGAUCCAGUUCCCAUUUCAACGGGUGCUGCAGGAACUCCGACUGCGACGGCUGGGAAUGGGCUUGUUCUAGGCGAUGGUGCAGCAAGUACAGUUACUGUUCGAGCGUGGGUCCCCUGGGCAUAUGCUACUUUUGGGGUCCUGGUGGGAGCUUUGGCUUUUGGACUGUGA